CACCACAGUCCUCCCUCCCUCACACAGCCAACAUGAAGCUCAUUAUCCUAGCCUCCCUCGCCGUCAUCGCCCUUGCGGCUCCCCAGGCCCCCAAGAUCAUCGAGACCAUAACAGAUAAUCGCGAGGAUGAUGGUGCAGGCAACUACUUCUAUGAAUUCGAGACUGAGAACGGUAUCAGGCAGAGCGUACGUGGAACCCCUGGUGCCGCAGGUGCUGUGAUCAAGACAGGUUCCUUCAGCUUCCCCCUGGACGAUGGCACACUCGCUGAAUUUAUCUUCGAGGCUGACGAAAAUGGCUACAGGGUCGAUUCUCCCCUCAUCCCAGUGGCUCCUCCCAACCCAUCCCACGUUGAGGAGCUCCUGCAGAUCGUGGCCCAACUCAAAGCUCAGGGCGCCCAGUGGAACGACCAAGGAGAAAGGAUUGAUUAAACCAUUCUAAAGAUGUACGACACACACACACCUGGGUUGAUCACGACCCUUCCCUACGACUACCGCUGAGCACCUGUCCUUGGAUGGUCUGUGUAUUACACUUGCGUCUCGGUGAUGUCACUUCCUAAAGUCAUCGAGAACACUAGAAAUCUACGUGUAAAAUUACCCCAAACCAGAUAGAUUAUUUUCCCUAAAUAGUUUAUCUUUUUUGCUUUACGAGUUCAAAUGACUGGAAGUCCACUGGUCAGCACCUCUAAUAUUUCGUUCUUAAACGUGUCCGAAUUAUCGCAAUCACAAUAUAGGCCUUCACUCUCACAUGUCCAACCAAACGACACCCAUACACUUAAGGUAUACUGUACACCUCACAGUACACCCCAACACUCCCUCGCUUAGGAAAGGAGAUGUAUACCACAGUGGUAAAGUACAGCAAGCAAGGAAUCUUUUCCCAGCUGUCUUCCACUACCACACGACACACCUAUCCUCGAGAACACCUGCCAAGAACACUAUCCCACCCUACCCACAUGGACAUCCUUCAGGACACGACCCCCAGCUUACCCACACGGACACUCUCCUAGGACAUAUUCCCCUCAUAAUCUUUUCGGACAUCUCUAGGACACUCAAUAUUUUUUUGUAAAUAGUUAAGGACUACUGCUUAGGGGCCAUCGACCAGCAUCCAGAUCACUGGACACAAUCCACCGCUUGUGGUCUACUUGUUAAUAAACUCCAUGCAACCAGA